CGGUAGUUCUAACGCGAGGCGCGCGAGCGGACUUCGUGACGUCAAGGAAGGCGGUGGGACGGGGGACGUGUUGGGCAUGCGCAAUAGAUCGACUUCGCCGACCCUGGCCCCGCCGCCAGUAAAGGACCUGCUCAAGUUUUGUGGCGGAGAGCGGGCGCCUAGCGGCUUUCUUGCCGGCGGGCAGGAAACUGGCAGGAGUUCCUGAGCCUGAACGUGCAGCGGAAGUAGAAGAACGUAUGCCCUUCUUCAAGUGUCUGGAGCUCAGAGAUGCAGCCCAGGGGAGGGAAAUGUGACUAGUUGAGGAGGCCAUGCUUACUGUUGCUGCCAGAUCCCAUGUCAGCACCAAUUCCUCAGAUGCUGGUGGCAGCUGCUCAGCAGACCCUGGGCAUGGGAAAGAGACGAGGCCCACCCCGAGCUGUGUGCCUUCAUCUAGCCGGAGAGGUGCUGGCUGUGGCCAGGGGACUGAAGCCAGCUCUGCUCUAUGAUUGCAACUGUGCAGGGGCAGCAGAGCUCCAGAGCUAUCUGGAGGAGCUGCAGGGCCUGGGCUUCCCAACCCAGGGACUUCACAUCCUUGAGAUUGGAGAAAACAGCCUGAUUGUCCUUCCUGAGCAUGUGUGUCGGCAUUUGGAGCAGGUGCUGCUUGGUACCAUACUCUUUGUGGAUGUUUCAAGCUCUCAACUUCACCCUUCCGUCUGCUCCCUGGACCAGCUUCAGGACUUGAAGGCCCUCGUGGCUGAGAUCAUCACACAUUUGCAGGGGCCAUGGAGGGACCGAUCCCUGGCCGUCUCCUGCAGCAGGCUCCAUUCCUCAGACUGGAAUCUCUGUACUGUGUUUGGGGUCCUCCUGGGCUAUCCUGUCCCCUAUACUUUUCACAUGAACCAGGGAGAUGACAACUGCUUAGCCCAGACUCCACUACGGGUGUUCACUGCCCGGAUCUCAUGGCUACGUGGUCAACCACCAGUCUUGCUCUAUUCCUUUAGUGUCCCAGAGAGCUUGUUCCCAUCCUUGAAGGACAUUCUAAACACUUGGGAGAAGGACCUUAGAACUCGAUGUAGGACUCAAAAUGACUUCGCUGGCCUCAGCAUCUCUUCUGAGAUAGUCACACUGCCGGCUGUGGCCCUCUGACUUUUAACUCUUUUCCUGUGUAGAAGGAGCUCGGUAAAUGAUCAGCUCUCGGUCAGAGAUGGCAAAUAGGAAUCAUCUCAAGUGCCAAUUCCAAGCAUCUCGAGGACACUAGGGAAGAAUGCUGUAAUAAAUUUGCCAUUUUUAUGCUGAACUGGACUAGGGAGAGUAGACCAGGAUGCUUCAGGAAUAAACAGAGUUCUCUGGAACAGAGGCCAUCAGGUGAAGUUUAUUUGUUUAUUUUUACAGCAGGUUAAAAAAAUAAUGAGAGUCAGAAAUCUCAGUUGAGUUGGAAAAACCCACACAUUGAAGUACCCAGACCUGAGUUUUUUACUGAAUUUCUCGCUUCUGAUUUUUACCCAAGGCAGCUGUCACCAGUUAUUCAGAGCUUCAGGCUGUCCUUAUUGGCCAGGAACACUGCCACUGCUAUAGCAAUCAGUGCCAUCAGCAUCAGGAGCCAUCGGCCACAUUGCCUCUGUGAGGAGGAAGGGGGAGAGAAGAGAAAGAGGCCAUGGGUUAGUCAGAGAAGAUGCAGGCAAAAAUAAUCUUCCUUCUUCCCAUUCUAGCCCAGUGGAAAACCUUGGGUUGGUGGAGAAGAAAAAGCUUUUUAUAUCUCUGUCUCUCUCACUUUGCCACCUCCCUCGGGAUAAAACCACGUUCCAGUGGUCACUGGCCCAGCGAACCACAGCCAGCAGGGGCCAGGUACUUAAAUACUGAUAUGAAUAAUCAAAAGUGGAAAAUAACUCAGCAAAAUUGUAUUCUGUUUAUAUUCCUUUUCUCGUCACUCUCUCUUUGCCACUAUGCUCAUAAUAGACUAAAAGAACACCAUUUCAUACUUCAGCUAGUAGUAAGUUUUUCCCUUCAGGCUCAGGCGUUCCAUGAAAAUUAGGCUUGGAGGCAUGAGCCAGUGUUUCUUUACAUGGUUGCUAUACUCUCAGUACAGUAUAAACCAAGCUGAACGGGGCCGGCUGGUCAGAUGUUGGCAUGGGCUAAACAAUUUUAUGGGCAAGAUUUGGCUAAAGGAGGAAUCGUCCCACCAUCACCUAGGGCUGUAUGGGAGGAUAGACCGUCUUACUCUGGGAGGCAGUUGCUGGCUCUGGUUCAGCUCUUCUCGGCAAUGCUGCAGCUUACGCAGGCAGGAGAGAUACUCAUCGCUGAGGCUGUCUAAUUCUGAAUGCAGUUCUCUGCACUGUGCGGGGAGGGAGGGGGAGACCACCACCAAGGUCAUCAAGACAGUUCUGUCAGGGACAGAGCCCAGGUAGGGGAGAGGGCCCUGUGUAAGUUACCCUGUCAUUCAUUUGGAAUUUUUACCUCCAUCCUCCCCAGCUUUUCUCAGAGCUUUCAGUUUGCCUUCUGACUGUCUCACCUAGUUUAUUUGUAAUGUGUUCAUUUAAAUGAUUGAUUAUAAUGCAUAUUAUUAUAUAUUAUACAUGUGUGACAGUUGUAUGUGCCAGUGCUUUGUAAAUGGAGACACACAAAAAUGAAGUUCCUACAGCAUACACAACCUGGAAGUGAUCUUAGUGCAAGUCUCUUUGCUGGGAACUAGUUGCAUGUGAACACUUCUGGAGCUACGUAUUUCUGUGAGUAUGCAGAUAGGAAGAGUUUUGUUAUUUAAAAGACGCUGUAUGAAGUUUUAAGAUACUCAAUGUAGGACAAAGUUUGAGGAGUUAAUGUGUUUGUUAAAUGUGUUUGAGUUUAGGUUGACUUUCUGAGAAGUAACUCUUUAGUAAAACCUUGAAUAAGGGUUGGUAUAAAUAAGAGAAAAGAUUGACAAUUUAACCCGAAAGCAAAGAUGUUUUAUUCAGGCCUAAAUGAAUACCUGCAGGCAUCCAAUCACAACUUAAGCUCUGAAAUGCCUGUUGUCUGGCUGCCUCCCAGCAGUUUCCCUAUCACUGUAGGGUGAGCCCCUUACUAUCUGAGGUCACCAUCUCACCUCCUUUUCCUUGGCCAGGAGCUGCAAAGUUUUCUUUUGGAGCUGGUCUCUGAAAUCCCAGUCUUUCUCCUUCCCUGGACCGUCAGGCUCCACUUCGUUAUGGGAGGGCUUUGGACUCCACCCAGGCAAAGCCUGAUCUAAAAAAUCAGCCAGAUUCGCAGUGAUAGUGAGGCCCAUACCGCUGAGGAAUGGCCCCUACACACUGAGAGAACCCCUAGGCGGGAGGGUUAAGGAAGGGCCUGUCCCUGGCCAGACUGUGUGGAUUGCAAUUCUCUGACUUUUAAAGAACAUCCACUGGGACCCUGCCCAGACUGGACAGAGAACGGGAAUUUGAGCCCCUUGAGGGCAAGGUUGGCAUUUUACUUCUCUCUGUAUCUCUAGUCCUGUCUAAAGCCAGAUACUUUUAGAAAAUACUUAUUAAUUUAGUGUCUUUGGUUGCAUGUCACAUCUUUUAGUCUGGGAGUUUUGCUGGAUGCUUCAGUAUAACUCCAUUUUCCUUCUGUCCUUGUUUCAAAAUGAUGAGAUGAGAAUGGCAGUCAUAUAACUCAUCUUCAUGUAGUUAAAGAUGGUUUUUCAGUCACCUGGCAGUCUGCAUCUUGGUGAAGAGAGCCCUGGACUGGGAGUCAGAAAUUCUGGAUUGUUGUCAUAGCUGUGUCCUUAAUUUGUGUGACCAUAGACCUUCAUUUACCUUCAUUUUCUUAUCCAUCCUAUGUGGGCAUAAUAAUUCCUUCUUUAUAUUUUACCCAGUGACUGUGAUGACAAAACAGAGGGCCAUGUGCAGUGGAUAAAUGAGGAGCUUUUGCCUCUCCAGAUGUAUGAUGAAUUCGUCUCAGGAAGCUAAGGCAGCAGACUUGAGGGCUGAGAGUGAGGUGACUGUGGCAUGUGACGUGUUUUCUACUUGGGGAGCUGGAUGUGGUUUGGAAAGUUCAGGGUAAAAAUUAACAUAAAAUCCUGAGUUCAAAAUCAAUUUAUUGAAAUAUUCAAUACAGACAUAUGUUUUCAGAGGGAGUAGAAAUCCUUUUCACAGUUUAUAUACCUCUCAGGAUAGGAGGCUAACUGAAGUAUUUUCAGAGCCAGUGAUGAGUCCUUAAAAUGCUCCUCUAGCUCCCUAACCUAAUAGACUCCCAGAACUGGGUGGGACUCCAAGAGGUCAUGUAGUCCAUCCCUCUGUCUCUAGGCGGACAAGGAAAGAGCAAUAUCUUAGAAUUUGUGGAAAUAAAUUUGCUGACCUUUCUUUGUUAAGAGUUUCUCCUGUUCUUGAAGCUGUAAGGAUUGAUUCUGAAGCAGACCUGUUGGAAAACACAAGGAACUUUUCUGUGCUAGCAUAUUUACUGCGAAGAGUAUCUUUUCAGAACUUUGCUUAGAACCUUAAUGAUUGUGUUCCCAUCUGUAGUUGGUUGAACUGUGUCUCCCCCCCUGCCCCCCACAAAUUCAUAUGUCAAAGCCCUAACUCCCAGUACUUCAGAAUGUGACCCUGUUUGGAGAUAGGUUCUUUGCAGAGGUAAUCAAGUUAAAAUAGGACAUCAGAAUGGGCCCUGACCUAAUAUGACUGACGUCCUUAUAUGAAGGGGUAAUUUGGAUACAGACAUAGAUGGAUGGAAGACGUGUGAAGAGAUGGACAAGACAGCCAUCUCCAAAACAAGGAGAGCGAUCUAGAACAGAUCCUUCCCCCAGAGCCCUCAGAAGGAACCAACCCUGCCUGACACCUUGAUUUUGGACUUCCAGCCUCUAGCACUAUGAGAAUGUAAAUGUCUGUUCUUUAAGUCACCCAGUUUGUGGUGCUGUGUUAUGAACACACCAUCCUUAUGUCUUUUCCUACCAUGUACAUUUAAGUCUCUGCUUAAAUGUUACCCUAGAAGAAAGACUUUCCCAGAUGACCCUGUGUAAAAUAGCAACUAUUUUCUCUUUAACCUGCUUUAUUUUCUUCUCUAGCCGUUGUUAAUACCUGACACAUAUUUGUUCAUAGAAACUCCGUAGUCCACUGUAGUGUUUCCUUAGAAUGUAAGCUUUGUUAGGGAAGAAACAGUGCCAGCUCUGUUCAUUACUGUAUCCUCAGUGUGUAUCUAGGGUGCCUGGCACUUGGUAGGGGCUCAAUAAAUAUGUAUUGAAUAAAUAAAGGCAUGAUUUUGAAGUGACUUGCCCAUUCAGCUCCCGCUGUGUAGGAGCCUGGCUUCUGCUGGUGUUCUUUUUCCCUUACCCCUAUGGCUGCCUUGCUGUUUUCAUAUUCAUUGCUGUUUGCAUGAAACUUCUCUGUCAGGGUGUCAGAGGUUAAGGUGUUGGGCAACCAGCAGAGCUAUUAAUUGAAUCAGGUUCUCCAGCUUUUCAGAAAUUGCCUGCUUUUCUUCUGAGACGUCCCUUUUCCUCUUUGGCCUCAACAUGUAAUUUUGAAGUGGACUGAGGCAUAUGUAGUGUGAGCUUACUUUCUGAACCAUUCCUAGUGACAGAGGUCUAUGUGACAUAUGUACAUAAUGAAUUAGAAUAUAUAAAAUAAGAACUACCUUAGAAAACUCAACACGUUUUGAAAUCUGCAGUUCUGGGGGAAAUGCAGGUGGUUGUCAGAGAACAUGGUGGAGAAAAGUAGAAACAAAAAAACCCAGAGGCUAAUGUGGAACUUGUGAAGAGCUGUAAAUGACCUCACUGCACAAGAAGAGGGUCUGAAAAUGCAGAGGUAGAGGAUAUGCCAAGGACCGGGCUCCCCAUCCCUCCUUUGGGUGCCUUUCGUGGGGCAGGAACCCCAAGAACACCAAAAAGCCACCUGUGCUACUUUCAGAAUCUGGAAAGGGGACUUACUCUGCAACUGCUGUACUUUGGUCACCAGGGCGAGUUUCUCCUCCUCUGACCUCUUUAGUUGAUCUGAAAAUGAAAUAAUGCAAACCAAAAUAGAAGAACCUAAGACUUAAUGAGCUCACCCCGGAGGCUGGAAAUUAGAUGCUGUCUUGCCCAUGGCCUCUGACAAGUGUCAAGUGCAAGUUGCUCUUUCUUCUGCUUGUCCCAGUUUGGAAGAGGUGAACCAGAACCCGACUACCUGGGAUUUCAUCUGCAUCAACAGUGGGCUGAAUUAAGGGUUAUAUGUGCACAUAAUUUGGUCCUCUCUCAGCUGACAGAGGCUGUGACUGGGAAACCUUCACCAUGCCUUGUGUUUCAACUGACCUUUCCUUUAAAUUAGGAAUGCGGCCUUGACAUGGGACUGCUGUGUUCUGGCUUAGAGGGAUGGGCUGGAUCCUUUCAGUCUCGGAUGAUUAAAACAGCCUUGACUUUUUCUCAAAGUCAAAUGAAAUCGCCAAGUCAACCAAACAAACAAGUGAAAGACUGAAGCCUUUCCACCCAGCUUCCUUUCUCUGGGCUCCUUCAGCCAGAGGCCUCCAAGGAGAAGGGUACCUUGUAGGUGCUGGGUAUCCGAGCUGCACAGGUCCCUGUCCCCCUGCAGGCGUUCAAUCUUGGCCUGCAGCUCCUGGUGCGCAUUCUCCAGAAGUCGUAGGGCCUGGUUCAUCUGCAAGUCUCUACUGUCUGCUCCCUGGAAGGAGGAGGAGGGGUGGACACAAGCAGGUCAGUGCUAGGGUGGAGGUGGGGGGCAGAUCCCAAGGAAGAGGAAAACUGUAGAAAAUUGUGGAAUUUUAGAGCUGGAAAGAGUCUUAGGGAAAUGGAAAAAUAGGAAAAGUUUUUAAAUGCUUUGCUCUAUUCCUCACGCUUACAGCAAACAGUGCAUUAGAUUUUUGAUGUUCACAAGGGAUACAUUUGGGUAACUGCCCAAAUUAAGGAAUACUGAAUCAUCACUUUUCUAGAUGUCUUCACUUUGUCUUUACUUCUCAUUCUCACGCUAUCCGGGGUGGGG